AUGAGGCCGCAAGUCCCACACUUCAACUCGCACGGACAGAACGGCCACGCGGGGACCCAUGGACACUGCCACACCGGGACCCACGGCCACGGCCACACCGGGACCCACGGCCACGGCCACACGGGCACCCACGGCCACACCGGGACCCACGGCCACACGGGCACCCACGGCCACACCGGGACCCACGGGCACGGCCACACGGGCACCCACGGGCACGGCCACGUGGGGACCCACGGCAACAGCGGCACUGGCUACGGUGGGAAAUGUGGCAGCGGCGGCAUGCAGGUGGUGAAGACCAGAGGCGAGCCCGUCUACGUGAACUCGCUGCCCUUGCCGCCGGAGAAGGACGAGACGCGAUGGAGCUGGGUCACGAGGUGGUGGAGAGGCUGCACUCUCUUCCAGUGUCUCACCUUGUUGCUCCUGGUCACGCUGGUGGUUCUGGCGUUCAUUACUCUCGUCCCACUCGCCUUCAAGUUGUACAAGGGAAAGUUGAUCGGGGACUUGAACAUUGAAGAUGGGGCCACGCAAAAGCCUGAGGCGCAGAAGCAUGAACUACUUGCACAGAAAUUCGAAUGGAUAAUGAACACAAUAGAGGCGAUUUCAAUUCGAUCACCGUUUCCAAGCGCUCACCUGACAGUUACAGGGCUGCCUUUCACUCAAGGCACAAAUACAACCCAGUGGAACUGCACUUCUACAAUACACGGAGAAUCCUUCCUCCUGGGAGGCAUGAAGUGUGAAGAUGACAUGCGUAAAGUCACCGUUCCCCUUGAUGGAAUAUACAACGUGCACGCUCGCCUCACACUCAUAUGCAACAAAACCAUGGAGCAAAGUGCCAGCUUAGUGGUUCAGUCUGACAGUUACCAGGACCCACGAUACCUCUCCACUGUUAUAGCACCCAAAUGUGGUGUUGACCAGCGCACCACAGUGGCCUUGAUUUUUGGGCUUUUUGAACUCAAAGCAAAUUGUAAAUUAUCUGUAGCUUUGUCACACCCAAAAUCGCUGAGAAUCGGAGAUAAAUAUACGUCUUUGGAUGUGUACAUGGUGUCGAAUGAAAUCAGGUCAUCCAAAAACUAAACAAACUUUUACAACUUAAAAAACAUUCUCAUGCGUUAACGAGUGCACUAUCAUCCGUGUUGCUAUUGUCGAGCACAAAGAGACUCAACUGAAUUUUGUUAUGCAAAGGUAGCAUCGGACAACGGUUGGGGAUUACAGGCAAGGACAAUGUGCAACCCAGCCCUGCUGAAGCAAUGAACCGGUGACAAAGGGAUAAACCGCAGCUUCUCCAUGCCUCACAACAACACAAAAUAUCACAGUGCACCACUGCCAGCAAUGAUGGCUGGGCUACUCAAAACCUGGUCAAACAAAGACGUGUGAUGUCAGUGCAUUGAAUCCUCGCUCUUUUCAAGAUCGGGAAGAUGAUGAGCUCGGGGACGUCAGGUGGCUGGCUCUCAACAUUCGCGUCUAACAACAUGCUCUACGACAAUGGCAUUGGACAAAAAAAUUACAGACUGAUCUGCAACUGGGGUUUUCCGAAACGUUUCUCAAUGCCAGACGAGUAGAGCUCUGCAGAGCUCUGCUCGGUGUGUGCUACUUAGGGAAAUGAGCUGUGGGCCACGUUAUCCGGCAGCAUUAAACUGACAUCCCAGAAGGUUAUUUUCAGAUAUUCACCAAAUAUAUUCAGCCGAAUAAGAAGGGCACGGACGGUCCUUGAAUGCGACCGCUGCGGCUGUUGGCUUUCACCCUUGGACUUGUCCGAUGGGCCGUGCUGUUCAUAUAUUUUCCAACCCCUGUUUAAUUCCAACUCUCGCGAGCGGUUAUCGCAAGGCUGUAGAUUGUGUAAAUAGUUUUACUUUAACCACUCUCCAUAUUACCUCCAGUUCAUUGUACUGUCGCCUUUGUGGUUAUUACAUAUAUGUAACACAAGUACCAACCAGUCUCUAGUCUUGUGUCACGUCUAACAAUCUGUAACCAUGCUUGGGGCGGGGUGGCGGUGUGGUUGAUAGCGUUACCACUCUCAGGGGCUUUUGACCCAGAAAAUUGAGUUCGAUUUUGGGACUUCAAAUGCGAGCGAUAUCUGAGCUGGUGCUGGGCUUCGUCUCCAAAGACAAAAAUUCCCCGUACAGCCUUAACAGACUGUUGUUGGCAAGUGUUGUUAGUGAACAUCCAUGAAGGCCGGAACAGUACGCUUAGGGGUGGGUUACCAGCACCACGUCUAACCGCCUUUGUCUCCCCAGUGACGAUGUUUACACACCGCACCAGGUACCCAUUGGAGGCUGAGUCGACCUAUGGGAGGCCCAGGAUCCGUUGAAUAUAAACGUCACCGGUGUUGGCUGUAAGCGCGAAUUGAACUCGUAGCGCAGCGCGCUAACCGCCUCACCACCGCUCCCCAUCCACCCCAUUAGCAAAAAGCAUUGGCUAGCAUGGUGAAUCAUGGUCACAAAGGGCUGUACAUUCUACAUUUCAAUUAUUAACAUUGCUCAUUUUACAUAUUUUUUCUCUACUUAACAUUCGGUAAUUUUAACAGCUUAAUUUUGCUCAGGCUCAAUAAUAGAAAAUAUAACAGAUGACAAAAAUAAUGUAACCGUUCCUCAUGUAUCAAUCUCAUCCACCCAUAGAAAUAACGUGUUACUUGUCCAGCCAGUCAUUCUCCAAUUGUUGUUUAAAUGUACAUUUGUUGUUAAGCAAUGGUUAUGAUCGUGGUACUUGGCGAGCUUUGAUCUAUCCUCUCUGUACGAGUGGCUACCGUAGAGGUUGCCAACCAUUGCUGUACUGUGGUGUCCACAGGCAUUGGGUUACAUUGGUUAAAUUCUUACAAAAGCUCACGAAUCAUCACGUAAAUUGACUUUGUUCUACGUUGCACAAAGAUGCCAUUUUUUAUGUUUAAUAUAUUUUGUAUGUUGAAAGCCAUAUUUAUUUUGUUAAAUAAACUCUUUGAAUUC